UAACACUAAUAAUUUAAGAAACAACACGGAAAAAACUACAGAAACAUAAAGGAAGACAAUGCUCGUUUAAGAAUUUACCAAGAAAAUUUGGAAGAAUUAGGGAAACACAAUAAACGUUUUAAAAAUGGAUUAGAAUCAUACGAAAAAGGAGUCAACCAGUUUUCGGAUUGGAGCAAAGAUGAAUUCAUAUUAUUUUUGAAACUAAAUGGCGGUCAACUCAUGGGGGGAUAUUUACCAAAUUCAAGUCUUUAUGAAACAUCAUUAGGUCAAGUGGAUGAUAUGGUGGAUUGGAGAAAAAAAGGAGCAGUAACUCCAGUGAAACAACAAGGACAGUGCGGAUCAUGCUGGGCGUUUAGUUCUACUGGAGCAUUGGAAGGCCAACACCAAAUUUUAAACAACAAACUCGUAUCCUUAAGUGAGCAAAAUUUAUUGGAUUGCACUUCUUCCUACGGAAAUAUGGGCUGCAGUGGUGGAUUGAUGACUUCAACUUUUAAAUAUGUAACCGAUCAUGGAGUUACAACUGAAGAAAAAUACCCAUACACUGGUAUAGUGGGUCAAUGUAAACAAUCGAACGUUGUAUUAAAAGCAAAGGGAUAUAAAGAAAUUCGUUCAAAUGAUGAAAACAGUCUUCAGCAAGCGGUUUCUUCAGUUGGGCCGAUAUCAGUUGCCGUACAUGCCAAUACAAACCUUCAAUCUUAUAAAUCUGGAGUUUUUAGUGACAGAAGUUGUUCAAAUACCGAGCUUAAUCAUGCUGUGUUGAUAGUGGGUUAUACCCCUGAAUAUUGGAUUGUCAAGAAUUCAUGGGGAAGUGCUUGGGGGGAACAUGGCUAUGCUAAGUUUCGACGUGGUACCAACAUGUGCGGCAUUGCCGCUUCUGCGAGUUUUCCAGUUUUGUAGUAUAUAGUUGGUUUAAACUUUUGUAUAAUAAUUGCAAUUUAU